CCGACUUCUGCCUGCUCCUGGCGCCUGGGGCAGGACUCGGGGAGACCCCAUGGACCUGACCCUGGCCGGGAGCCAGGCCAGGAAAAGGUGGCUGGUGGGCCAGGCCGUGGUGGCCGCCUGGUGAUGUGGGGCGAGGCCCCUGGCACAGGCCACUGAGAGCCCCGGACACGCCCCUGGCCGCCGCCAUGGCCCGCCUGGCCGCCGUGCUCUGGAGUCUGUGUGUCACUGCCGUGCUGGUCACCUCGGCCACCCAAGGCCUGAGCCGGGCGGGGCUCCCGUUCGGGCUGAUGCGCCGGGAGCUGGCGUGUGAGGGGUACCCCAUCGAGCUGCGCUGCCCGGGCAGCGACGUCAUCAUGGUGGAGAACGCCAACUACGGGCGCACGGACGACAAGAUCUGCGACGCCGACCCCUUCCAGAUGGAGAAUGUGCAGUGCUACCUGCCCGACGCGUUCAAGAUCAUGUCACAGAGGUGUAACAACAGGACGCAGUGCGUGGUGGUCGCCGGCUCCGACGCCUUUCCCGACCCCUGCCCCGGGACCUACAAGUAUCUGGAGGUGCAGUACGACUGUGUCCCCUACAUCUUCGUGUGCCCGGGGACCCUGCAGAAGGUGCUGGAGCCCACGUCGACGCACGAGUCGGAGCACCAGUCGGGCGCGUGGUGCAAGGAUCCGCUGCAGGCGGGCGACCGCAUCUACGUCAUGCCCUGGAUCCCCUACCGCACCGACACGCUCACGGAGUACGCCUCGUGGGAGGACUACGUGGCCGCGCGCCACACCACCACCUACCGCCUGCCCAACCGCGUGGACGGCACGGGCUUCGUGGUCUACGACGGCGCCGUCUUCUACAACAAGGAGCGCACGCGCAACAUCGUCAAGUACGACCUGCGUACGCGCAUCAAGAGCGGGGAGACGGUGAUCAACACGGCCAACUACCAUGACACGUCGCCGUACCGCUGGGGCGGCAAGACCGACAUCGACCUGGCCGUGGACGAGAACGGGCUGUGGGUGAUCUACGCCACCGAGGGCAACAGCGGGCGGCUGGUGGUGAGCCAGCUCAACCCCUACACGCUGCGCUUCGAGGGCACGUGGGAGACUGGCUACGACAAGCGCUCGGCCUCCAACGCCUUCAUGGUGUGCGGCGUGCUCUACGUGCUGCGCUCCGUCUACGUGGACGAUGACAGCGAGGCGGCCGGCAACCGCGUGGACUACGCCUUCAACACCAACGCCAACCGUGAGGAGCCCGUCAGCCUGGCCUUCCCCAACCCCUACCAGUUCGUGUCCUCCGUGGACUACAACCCGCGCGACAACCAGCUCUACGUGUGGAACAACUACUUCGUGGUGCGCUACAGCCUGGAGUUCGGGCCGCCCGACCCCAGCGCUGGCCCAGCCACCUCCCCGCCGCUUAGCACCACCACCACGGCCCGCCCCACGCCCCUCACCAGCACGGCCUCACCUGCUGCCACCACCCCACUCCGCCGGGCUCCCCUCACCACGCACCCCGUGGGAGCCAUCAACCAGCUGGGACCUGACCUGCCCCCGGCCACGGCCCCAGCUCCCAGCACCCGGCGACCCCCGGCCCCCAAUCUGCACGUGUCCCCUGAGCUCUUCUGUGAACCUAGAGAGGUGCGGCGGGUCCAGUGGCCGGCCACCCAGCAGGGCAUGCUGGUGGAGAGGCCCUGCCCCAAGGGGACUCGAGGAAUUGCCUCCUUCCAGUGUCUGCCUGCCCUGGGGCUCUGGAACCCCCGGGGCCCUGACCUCAGCAACUGCACCUCCCCCUGGGUCAACCAGGUGGCCCAGAAGAUCAAGAGUGGAGAGAAUGCGGCCAACAUCGCCAGCGAACUGGCCCGCCACACCCGGGGCUCCAUCUACGCAGGGGACGUCUCGUCCUCCGUGAAGCUCAUGGAGCAGCUGCUGGACAUCUUGGACGCGCAGCUGCAGGCCCUGCGGCCCAUCGAGCGCGAGUCGGCGGGCAAGAACUACAACAAGAUGCACAAGCGAGAGAGAACCUGCAAGGAUUACAUCAAGGCUGUGGUGGAGACGGUGGACAACCUGCUGCGGCCCGAGGCCUUGGAGUCCUGGAAGGACAUGAACACCACGGAGCAGGUGCACACGGCCACCAUGCUGCUGGACGUGCUGGAAGAGGGGGCCUUCCUGCUGGCUGACAACGUGCGGGAGCCCGCACGCUUCCUGGCCGCCAAGCAAAAUGUGGUCCUGGAGGUCACCGUCCUGAACACGGAAGGCCAAGUGCAGGAGCUGGUGUUCCCCCAGGAGCACCCGAGCGAGAACUCCAUCCAGCUGUCUGCCAACACCAUCAAGCAGAACAGCCGCAAUGGAGUGGUCAAGGUUGUCUUCAUUCUCUACAACAACCUGGGCCUCUUCCUGUCCACGGAGAAUGCCACGGUGAAGCUGGCGGGCGAGGCGGGCGCGGGCGGCCCCGGGGGCGCCUCCCUGGUGGUGAACUCGCAGGUGAUCGCGGCGUCCAUCAACAAGGAGUCCAGCCGCGUCUUCCUCAUGGACCCUGUCAUCUUCACCGUGGCCCACCUGGAGGCCAAGAACCAUUUCAACGCCAACUGCUCCUUUUGGAACUACUCGGAGCGAUCCAUGCUGGGCUACUGGUCGACCCAGGGCUGCCGCCUGGUGGAGUCCAACAAGACCCACACCACGUGUGCCUGCAGCCACCUCACCAACUUCGCGGUGCUCAUGGCUCACCGUGAGAUCUACCAGGGCCGCAUCAACGAGCUGCUGCUGUCGGUCAUCACGUGGGUGGGCAUCGUGAUCUCGCUGGUGUGCCUGGCCAUCUGCAUCUCCACCUUCUGCUUCCUGCGGGGGCUGCAGACCGACCGCAACACCAUCCACAAGAACCUCUGCAUCAACCUCUUCCUGGCCGAGCUGCUCUUCCUGGUCGGGAUAGACAAGACGCAGUACGAGAUCGCCUGCCCCAUCUUUGCUGGCCUGCUGCACUACUUCUUCCUGGCUGCCUUCUCCUGGCUCUGCCUGGAGGGCGUGCACCUGUACCUGCUGCUGGUGGAGGUGUUCGAGAGCGAGUACUCCCGCACCAAGUACUACUACGUGGGCGGCUACUGCUUCCCGGCCCUGGUGGUGGGCAUCGCGGCCGCCAUCGACUACCGCAGCUACGGCACCGAGAAGGCCUGCUGGCUCCGGGUGGACAACUACUUCAUCUGGAGUUUCAUUGGGCCCGUCUCGUUUGUGAUCGUGGUGAACCUGGUGUUUCUCAUGGUGACCCUGCACAAGAUGAUCCGUAGUUCCUCCGUCCUCAAGCCUGACUCCAGUCGCCUCGACAACAUCAAGUCCUGGGCCCUGGGGGCCAUCGCGCUGCUCUUCCUGCUGGGGCUCACCUGGGCGUUCGGGCUCCUCUUCAUCAACAAGGAGUCGGUGGUCAUGGCCUAUCUCUUCACCACCUUCAAUGCCUUCCAGGGCGUCUUCAUCUUUGUCUUUCACUGCGCCUUACAGAAAAAGGUGCACAAGGAGUACAGCAAGUGCCUGCGUCACUCCUACUGUUGCAUCCGCGCCCCGCCCGGGGGCACCCACGGCUCCCUCAAGACCUCAGCCAUGCGAAGCAACACCCGCUACUACACAGGGACGCAGAGCCGGAUCCGGAGGAUGUGGAAUGACACAGUGAGGAAACAGACCGAGUCGUCCUUCAUGGCCGGCGACAUCAACAGCACCCCCACCCUGAACCGAGGUACCAUGGGGAACCACCUGCUGACCAACCCCGUGCUGCAGCCCCGUGGGGGCACCAGCCCCUACAACACCCUCAUCGCCGAGUCGGUGGGCUUCAAUCCCUCCUCGCCUCCGGUCUUCAACUCCCCAGGGAGCUACCGGGAACCCAAGCACCCCCUGGGCGGUCGGGACGCGUGUGGCAUGGACACCCUGCCCCUUAAUGGCAACUUCAACAACAGCUACUCCUUGCGAAGCGGGGACUUCCCUCCGGGGGACGGGGGCCCCGAGCCGCCCCGAGGCCGGAACCUGGCGGAUGCAGCGGCCUUCGAGAAGAUGAUCAUCUCGGAGCUGGUGCACAGCAACCUGCGGGGCGGCAGCAGCGGGGCCAAGGGCCCCCCCCCGCCGCCCGAGCCCCCCGUGCCGCCUGUGCCGGGGGGCGCCAGUGAGGAGGAGGCAGGCGGGCCCGGGGGUGCUGACCGGGCUGAGAUCGAACUUCUCUACAAGGCCCUGGAGGAGCCGCUGCUGCUGCCCAGGGCCCAGUCGGUGCUGUACCAGAGCGACCUGGACGAGUCGGAGAGCUGCACGGCGGAGGACGGCGCCACCAGCCGGCCCCUCUCCUCCCCGCCGGGCCGGGACUCCCUCUAUGCCAGCGGGGCCAACCUGCGGGACUCGCCCUCCUACCCGGACAGCAGCCCUGAGGGGCCCAGCGAGGCCCUGCCCCCACCCCCGCCCGCGCCCCCCGGGCCCCCUGAAAUCUACUACACCUCGCGCCCGCCGGCCCUGGUGGCCCGGAACCCCCUGCAGGGCUACUACCAGGUGCGGAGGCCCAGCCACGAGGGCUACCUGGCAGCCCCGGGCCUGGAGGGGCCAGGGCCCGACGGGGACGGGCAGAUGCAACUGGUCACCAGUCUCUGAGGGGAUCUCACGGACCAGGGGCUGGUGGCCCAGGCCGGGGAGGGAGCCCUGGGCCGAGCUCUGGUGGGAGAGGGAGACCAAGGGAGGCAGUGGCUGGUGGGCCACUCUCUCCCAGCACCCCUCGGCCACGGGCCCUGCGGUCCCCUUGGGGCGCCCGAGGUGCCAGGGCUCACAGACAGGGUUUCCCACCAGCCACACGCACCAGCUCAACUCGGGGGACGUGCAGUGAGGAGGAGCCCGGAGGUCCCCGGGGGCGUGAGGAGGGAGACAUUGCAAGGGUGCCUGCCCAUCUCUUGCCUCCCCUCUCGCCCCCUCCUCUUCCUGCCCCACCACCCCAGGAGGGAAAUGAAGGCUCUGGCUUCCCGGGUGGGGAGGUGCAGCCUCCCAGGGUGGUGCCACAGGCCCGGCCCCCCCCCCCUCCCCCCCGUCAGCCACGCCUGGAGGGAGCAGUAGGGCAGGACGGAUGGACGGACAGGUUCCUCCUACACCACCGUCCCCUGCUCCCUGGAGACCAGGAGAAGGCCCAGGGUGAGGGGGAUGGGUGGUGGCGGCCGGUGGUGGUGGUGGUGGUGUUGGCGGCGGCGGCUGCUGUUGGUUUCAAGGCCGAACCUGCCCCGAAGCUCCUCCCCCUCACCAGGCAGCCCUCCCAGAAUGCACCCAAUGACCCCCUCCCUUGGGACGACUCCUGAUGAAGCACAAGUCCCCGCAGGGCCCCUCAGCCCACAGGGGUGGCCAUAUCUGGGCGGUUCCCAGCCCUGUGGGCUCAGCGAUCUGGGGAGAUCUGGGGUCCGGAUCUCCCCGGGGAGCGGGUCCUGGGCUUGGAUCUCCCCCUAGGGGGGCCCUCGUAACCCCUUCCUCUCUCCUCCUCCUCUCCUAUUGCUGUAAAUAUUUCAACGAAAUGGAAAAGGAAAAAAAAAAGACAAAAAAAAAAAAGAAAAUCUCAUCACUUGAAGCCACCGGGAGCCUGCGGCCCGGGCCAGCCCCGGCUUUGCGGAGCGGAGCGCGCCGCCCGGCACCGGCAGCCAGGACUUCUGUGUGUACGUGUGCACCCCGGCCGGGGCGGGCGGGCCUCCAGAGCAGCUUUUUACAAUCCAGAGACAGACGCCACGAUCUCGAAGCAACAGCGAAACCAAGAACCUGUUUCCUUCCCGCCCGCCCGCCGUGUGUCAUCGCCUCUCCGGCUCCUCCCUGCCCGCCCCUGGCAUCCUGUCCGUCAGCCCUCCUGGGGCGUGUACCUCACCGCCUGCCCCAGGACCAGAGGCCUGUCUGCCCCUCCCCUCCCCACUGGCCCAGGGGAGACACCCUCACGCCCAAAGAUGCUCUCUGCCGACA